AUGGCGUGGCGAGCGAAUAAUGCGCGCGCAGGAGCCCGCGCGGCGCCCUCGGCCACGCCGCGCGCCAAGCCGACCAUGCAGGCCAUCGCGGAGAUCGAGAAGAACCGCGAGGACCGGCGGCGCGCCAUGGCGGCGGCCAAGCGCGAGCGCGAGCGCGAGAGCCAGCUGAACGAGAAGCUGGGCCACCCGGGCGACGUUGACUUCCAGCGCAUGAUCAAGGCCUUCCGCGAGCAGAACAAGGACAAGAGCCGGCCGCACGCCGAGGCGGGCGACACAAAGAUCACCAUCUGCGUGCGCAAGCGGCCGGUGAACGCCAAGGAGGUCAAGAAGCACGACUACGACGCCGUGACGUGCCUCAACCCCAUGGCCAUCGUGCACGACUGCAAGCUCAAGGUGGACGGCAUCACCAAGUACCUGGACAGCAACGCCUUCAACUUCGACCAUACAUUUGAUGAGAGCGCGACCAAUGAGAGUGUGUACAUGCACGCGGCGCAGCCACUAGUCAAGUUCGUGUUCCAUGACGGAGGCCACGCGACGGUCUUCGCGUACGGACAAACGGGCAGCGGCAAGACGCACACGAUGCAAGGCAUCCAGAGUCAGAUAGCGGCGGAUGUCUUUGCUCAGGCGGACGAGUUUGCGAGGCGCGGGUAUCCGUUGGAUAUCUGCGUGAGCUUCUUUGAGAUUUACGGCGGACGCUGUCAGGACCUACUGCACCGGCAGGUGCUGACGAUUCGGGAAGAUGGAGCUGGUGAGGUGCAGAUUGUGGAUUUGGAGGAGGUGCAGCCCCAGAAUACCGAGGAGCUGCUGCAAGUGAUCAGCAAGGGCAACAGUCUCCGCACCACGCAUGCUACGGAGAUGAACGACGUAUCGUCACGCUCGCAUUGUAUUUGCCAGAUCAACCUCAGAGAAAGAGGAAGCGGGAAACUCCAUGGCAAGUUGUCGCUGAUUGAUCUUGCUGGUAGUGAGCGUGGAGAAGACACGAAGAACCACAAUCGUCAGAGACGGAUGGAGUCGGCGGAGAUCAAUCGAAGCUUGUUGGCGCUGAAAGAGUGUUUCCGUAGAGCACUCGAUAGUGGCGGCCGCGGGACUCAUAUCCCAUUCCGAGCGAGCAAGCUUACACAAGUACUGAAGGAUUCAUUUGUCAACGCUAAAGCGAGAACGGUGAUGAUUGCAGCCGUGUCGCCGUGUGCCUCAUCUUCGGACCACACCCUCAAUACGCUACGAUAUGCUGACCGUGUGAAGGAGAAACGUGUUUCAGUGGAUGCCUUUGACGAGAGGAAUGCGCAAUCUGACGCUGUGGACGUCGAAGACGUUCAAUUUGAAGAAGAUCUUGAUGCGUAUCAAGAGCAGGACGGGGGCGACGAAGCUGAUGAAUAUGAUGAAGAAGAUGAGUAUCCAUCCGGAGAAGAAGAAGAAGCUGAUGACGGGGGUGAUGGUGCACUUGAGAGCAACGGUGAGAAGUACAGGGCCGAUGCUGAUGGGCGCGAUGAAGUCACAAUUUCUUCGCAUCACACACGCUUGGGCCCUGAUCUGAGCGACGACUUGAGCAUUCUUCGCAUUAGCCGCCGCCAUUUGCAUAAAAGGAGUGGUGACCCUAUCAAGGAAAGCGGGUACCCUCAAGAAGCGUGGCAUGGGGUGGUUCAGACGCUGUAUGAGGAGCAGGAAAGCUUGCUCAACACGCACAUGAGCGCAAUUCAGGAAAGUGCAGAGCUCCUCACGGAGGAAGGCGCCAUGUUGGCAGCAAUUCAAAACGACGAUUCGGCCAGUAUCGACCAAUAUGUAUCGCGUCUGGAAGAGGUGCGUUGCUGGGCUGAACGAUGCUACGCUGAAGAGGUUUUACAACACUAA